AACUGCCAAUGCGGUGAAGGGAACAUAGUUACGCGCGAGGAUGAAAACAUGUAAAAAAUGGCAGAGACAAAAUAUAAUCCAGAACAGUUCUCUAUAGGUGGAGCCUUCCUGCCCACAUGAUGAAGGCGAAACGGUAAAUUAUUGAUAAAAUCAAUGAACAGUACAGUCAAGCACAGAUUGCUGGUGUGAGAGGCAGAAAAUGCGAAGCGCAGAUUCAUCAUCAUCAACAGGGGCACCGCUGGUUAGUGAGAGAGGCGGCGGGGUGGCCAGAAAGCAGGGAUUUGGCUUGCGAGCAUGGCUGCUAGUGGAUGGCCAUGGCGGAACACAGGUCGUGGAAGCAGGGAAACACGCCAUCAUGAAACGAACUGCCCUGCCAGCACGGGACUUGCGCAUUCUGGACCCUCUGCUUUCUUAUCCCUCCACCAUUCUUGGUCGAGAGAGCGCGAUUGUCAUCAAUUUAGAGCACGUUAAGGCCAUUAUUACUUCGCAAGAAGUUCUGCUCUUAAAUUCAACAGAUCCUGCCGUUGCUCCCUUUGUUACCAAUCUUCAGAGGCGACUUCAUAAUGCUUACAGCCCCUUUCUUCACCAGGUUAACGGAAGUGGUGAAGGUGCUCAUAGCGACUCUGAUAUGGAAUAUGCCAGUAAGGAAGUAUUUACUGAUGAAGCAGUAAAAUUGAGAUACAGUAAGGAAGAGGAAGAUCACUACAUAAAAGGCAGUCUGCAUGGACCUUCCUUCAUGGACGAAUCUAUGGACCUGUCCUCUCAAGCAACAGGUUCAAGGCCUCAGAGUUCAAAUUUAUCAAAAAGGCUUGGUCCAAGUGCUUUUCCAUUUGAAUUUCUGGCUCUCGAAGCAUGUCUCGAAGCAGCAUGUAGCAGCCUUGAUGCUAAGACUGAAGCAUUGGAGCGUGAGGCAUAUCCAGCGUUGGAUGAAUUGACAGUCAAGAUCAGUACUCUCAACCUUGAAAGAGUGCGGCAGCUAAAAAGUCGUCUGGUGGCAAUUUCUGCCCGGGUACAAGCGGUGAGAGAUGAGUUAGAACAAUUGCUGGAUGACGAUGGGGAUAUGAAUGAGAUGUAUCUGACUGAUAAAUUAACAAGGAAGCAGCUUGAAGGGCUUGGUUCUCCUGCUCAUUCAAAUUGCAUGCAUGAAGCAUAUUCUGUCAGUGUUGACAAAGUCAAUUCAGAUAAUGGAGGAAGUAUUGUUCCCCAUUCAAAAGAAAGCCAUGCCAACAUUUCCAAUUUGGAAAGCAAGGUUUCUCGGUGUAGCAGUGCUACCACAAACACUAGUAAUGGGAGAUAUCAGGACGUUGAAGAGCUUGAGAUGCUUUUGGAGGCGUAUUUUGUUCAAAUUGAUGGUAUACUCAACAAGCUUUCAGCACUGCGGGAAUAUGUAGAUGAUACUGAGGACUAUAUCAACAUUAUGUUGGAUGACAAACAGAACCAUCUUCUACAAAUGGGUGUGAUGAUGACGACUGGAACUCUUGUUAUGAGCAUUUUUGUUGUUGUUACAGCAAUUUUUGGCAUGAAUAUAGAGAUUUCACUCUUUGAUAAUGGUGGCCUUCCUCAGUUUUUGUGGGUCAUUGGUGGCUCUGCAUCUGGUGCAAUGUUUAUAUAUAUAUUAGUCAUAACUUGGUGCAAGCAUAAGCGCCUUCUUGAGUAAUUUAUUUCUAAAUGCGUAGUACUGAGUAAUAAAUGAUUCUUUAAUUACCUGUAAUAUAUUCUACUUCACAAAUCUUCUAUCAUGGGCUUAAAUCAAAUUUGGAAAGAGGCGCAAAAGGACAUGCAUUGCUUCUUGUACCAUAUUGUGUAUAAUUCUUUGCUUUUAAGAAAUCAAACACUGUGGAGGACCUUUUCAAUCAAAUUAUCCUAUAUUAUUAAAGAA